UUCUUGUCUCUUUCUAGUACAUCAAGCACCAUGAGAAAUGGCACAGCAAUCACAGAGUUCAUCCUCCUAGGCUUUCCUGGUAUCCAAGGACUACAAAUCCCUCUUUUUAUAGGGAUCUUUUCCAUCUACAUACUAACCCUUGCAGGCAAUGGGCUCAUUAUUGCCAUUGUCUGCACUGAGCCCAGGCUACAGAUUCCAAUGUACUUCUUCCUUUGCAACUUAUCCUUUCUUGAGAUCUGGUACACCACCACGGUCAUGCCCAAACUGCUAGAAACUUUUGUGGUGGCUAGAACAGCUAUCUGCACCACCUGCUGCCUGCUGCAGGCUUUCUUCCACUUCUUUCUGGGCACCACGGAGUUCUUCAUCCUCACUGUCAUGUCUUUUGACCGUUAUCUGGCCAUCUGCAAGCCCCUUCGCUACCCCAUCAUCAUGACCAGCAACCUCUGCCUGCAGCUGGCCCUCAGCUCCUGGGGGGUGGGCUUCACCAUUGUCUUUUGUCAGAUGCUGCUGCUCAUCCAGCUGCCGUUCUGUGGCAACAAUGUCAUCAAUCAUUUCUACUGUGAUGUUGGCCCCAUCCUGAAAGCAGCCUGUGCAGACACAAGCAUUCUGGAACUCCUGGGUCUCUUGGCAACCAUCCUGGUGAUCCCAGGAUCACUCUUCUUCACUGUGAUUUCUUACAUCUAUAUCCUAUCCACCAUCCUACGGAUUCCUUCAGUCGCUGGCCGCCGGAAGGCUUUCUCCACCUGUGCCUCUCACCUGACGGUCGUCUCCCUGCUCUACGGGGCUGUUCUGUUCAUGUACCUGAGACCGACAACACACUCUUUCUUUAAGAUUAAUAAGAUGGUGUCAGUGCUGAAUACUAUCCUCACACCCCUUCUGAAUCCUUUUAUUUAUACAAUUAGAAACAAGGAGGUGCAAGGAGCCCUAAGAAAGGCAAUGUCUUGUCCAAACACUCAUCAUCAAGAGUAA